GUGCACUAGUACAGAGAGAAGUGGAGUUUCAGGACAGCCCUUAUCUCUCUGCCCUCCCCUCUCUCUGUGUCCCCUGCUGGUCCCCUCCCCCAUUCUCUACACCUUUCCCUGCCUAGUCCUUAUACUCACAUAAGGCUCCAUUUUCUAAUCUGCUGCUGUGUGCUGCUGCUCCCUGGUCCCCCCACCGCAGUGCUGCUGUUCCCCCUCCUCCUGUUGCUGGGACUACUGACAACUGGUCUAGAGUUACACACACUCUGCCGUACUGAGGAGAGCAGCCCUCACUCACCCUCACCAUGCUGCGGACCCCUGCUGGAUGGGGGCUUGUGCUCCUACUGCUGGCCAUUCUUGGUUUAGGAGACGGUCUGCAUGUAGAGAUGGUGAAAAGAGGUCUAAAAAAGGAUGGUAGAUCUGUAAAUUUAGUUAGACAUAAGCGCGAAUGGAUCAUCCCACCAGUUUUAAUAUAUGAGGAACAGGACAAUUCCUUUAAGAAUCCCAUUGCAAAAAUACAGUCUGAUGUUAAGCUAGACAAAAGUUUGAGAAUUCGCUAUUUUAUCACUGGUAGCGGAGUUACGGAACCACCACUUGGCAUGUUCAUUAUCAAUGAAAGAACGGGUGAAUUAAACGUAACUGGGAUUGUGGACCGAGAAGAAAUUCCAAUGUUUUUCCUAAAAGGAUAUGCUCGGGAUCAGUAUGGAAAGGAUGUGGAACCUCCUAUAGAUCUUCGAGUGAGAGUUAUUGAUAUCAAUGAUAACAGUCCAGUUUUUACGCAGGAAGUGUUUGUGGGUGUAGUAGAAGAGUUGAGCGCUACAAAUACUGUCGUUAUGGUUCUAAAUGCAACGGAUGCAGAUGAGGAAAAUACCAUCAAUUCUGAGCUCGCGUACAAAAUUCUGUCUCAGGAAGGUCAGCCUGGGAUGUUUGUGGUGACUAAAAAAGGUGAAGUUCUAACAACUAUGACUACGCUUGACAGAGAGCAACAAAGUAGCUACAAUCUGAUUGUUGAAGUGAGAGACCGAGGUGGAGACCUAAAUGGAGGCUUGUCUGGAACAGCUUCUCUUAAAAUCAAAGUGAAAGAUGUAAAUGACAACAUUCCGCGUCUUGAAAAAGAGGAGUAUGAAGGAAGCAUUGAAGAAAAUGUUAACAAUGUUGAAAUAUUACGCAUGAAAGUAUUUGAUGACGAUGAGGAGUUCACAGAUAACUGGCUGGCUAACUUUACUAUAGUGUCAGGCAAUGAAGACCACUACUUUGAAAUCGUAACGGAUAUGCAAACUAAUGAAGGCGUGCUGAUGUUGGUGAAGGAAGCUGACUAUGAAGUGUUGCAAACUGCUCAACUGAGUGUGAUCGUUUCGAAUAGAGCAGAAUAUCAUAGCUCAAUCAGACAUUUGAUUACUGGAGGAGGUGCAGGGGGUGGUGCAGGUGGAGCAGCAGGAGGUGGUGGUGCAGGUGGAGGCGGAAAAGCUGUACCUAUCAAAGUGAUGGUGAAGAAUGUUCGAGAAGGUCCUGUAUUCAAGCCUAGGAGGAAGAUACUUGUUGUUAGUGAGGGGAAAACUGUAAUAAAUAGAGUCAUUGGGUCGUACCAAGCAUAUGAUGCAGACACUGGGAAAGUUGCAGAGCAUGUCAAGUAUGCAAAAGAAUAUGAUCCAGAUAAUUGGUUUACAAUUGAUUCAACUACAGCUGAAAUUAAACUUAUAAAAAUGCCUGAUCGGGAGUCUUCAUUCUUGGUUAAUGGCACUUAUGUAGCUAAAAUCCUGGCGAUCAGUGAAGAUCUCCCAGGAAAAACGGCCACGGGAACCAUAGCUAUUGAUGUUGAAGAUGUGAAUGACAAUUGUCCAGUAUUGGUAAAUCCAAUUCAAACGGUUUGCGACAGUGUACCCUUCAUCAAUGUGACAGCGAUGGAUCGCGAUGCCUAUCCAAAUGGCGCCCCUCUCAAGUUUGCAGUGAUAGAUGAGCCUCUUGGCAAUGCCAAACUCUGGAAAAUUGGAAAAACUGAUAGUGUCAGUGCCCAACUUAUACCAAACAACAUUUGGGAAGGAAUACAUCAAGUUCAAAUUCUAAUAACGGACAAUCAAGGAAUGAGCUGCCCAGAAAAGCAGAUCCUAAAGUUAAGCAUAUGCAGUUGUCUAGGUGGCACAGAUAGUGGUUGUGCUUCGCGGCUGACUGGCACGUCUGUAGGCCUUGGAGGUGGUGCCGUUGCCCUGAUGAUUCUUGCUUGUUUACUCUUACUGCUGGUCCCCCUCUUACUGCUUCUGUGCUAUUGUGGCUCAGGAGGGAAAGGAUUUCUAGCUGUACCAGAUGGUCCUGAGGAGUCCAUUCUAAUACACAACAAAGAAGGAGCUUCACCUGAGGACACAGCAGUGCUUCCACAUACAAUUGGAGCAAUAGGUUUUGCAGGAGCUGGAGCCGGGGCUGGCGCUGGUGCCGGAAUGCUAAAAGAAGGAUAUGGCAUGCAUGGUAUGGAAGGGUAUGACUACAACUCCAAGGGAAUGUAUACUUCCAGCAUGAUGGUAGAUAGACGAUACGAGGAGCAUGGAGGUCUAUUGACUGGAGCAGAAAUUGCAGCAGGAGCUGCUGUUGGUGGUGGCAUGAGAGCUAUUGGUGGGCUAGGUGCAGGAGCUGGUUCCGGAGCUGGAGCUCAGGUCUCUUUUGGUACUUCUGAGAGUUAUAGUGCUCUGAAUGAAGGAUUCCUGAAAGGCUAUUUCUAUGAUAAAGUGAAUGCAUGUGCCGAUGAAGAUCUGGCCCAAGCAGCAAAAGAUUGUAUUCUUAUUUAUUCAAAGGAAGGAACGGGCUCAAUUGCUGGAUCAGUUGGCUGCUGUAGCUUAAUUGAAAGUGACUUUGAAGAUAACAACUACUUGGAUGACCUUGGACUGAAGUUCAAAGCCUUAGCAGAAAUUUGUCAGGUUACUGCUGUAAAUGAUGUGCAAAUAUCCAAGUAUAAUUCCUAUGAUGAACUCAGACAAGGUGCUCUAGAUGCUGAAGCAGUUUCGUAUAUUGGUAUGACUCAGAAUGAAGAAACUGUAGAAGAACAUGACUACAGUAUGGAAAAUUCUUAUUCAUUAUCUGAAGCCCAAACUCAAAGGUUAGAACGUGAAUCUGUUCCUGUAGGGAAUAUGGUUGCUGAAGAAUCAUAUGUGUCUUCUAGGUAUGUACAAGAACCCAUCAUGCGUGGUAAUAUUCUUGUGACUGAGAAAUCCUACACUACAGGUCCUACUGUAAUUCUGGAGCCAGUGCGUCAGCAAAAUGUGUUAGUGACAGAGAGGGUUAUUCGUCCUGCCACUAGCUUGCAUAACAUGGUUGACAUUUCUGAUGGGGAGAAUGUUAUGGUAACGGAAAGAGUGCUGAAGUCUGACAAAGGAUUGUCUAGCUUGGUGGGUAUUGGUGAGCCUCGUGAAUCUCAAUACGUGAUGGUAACAGAGCGCCGUCUUGCACCCAGCUCUAACGUAAAGGCCUCCGUAGCUGUUCCUGACUAUUCCAUGGGACAGAAUGUAUUGGUGACAGAGAGGCAUUAUACUCCUAUAUCUGCCAUCAAUGGGAGUGUAGUGAUUCCUACAGAGAUAUCAGGUGGGCAAAAUAUAGUAAACGAGAGUAUCUCCAUCUUGGAUGGUGGGAUGCAAGGCCAUACCCAUUAUAACCAGGGUAGCUAUUUAGUAGAAGAACUCCAACCUUCAAGUAACAAUGUAGGGAAAUCAACAAACAGAGUGACAAAAUACAGCACUGUACAAUACACACGCUCUUAAUCUGCUCACAAAAUAUACUGUAGGUUAAUUGUGAAAUAUAAUUUUUAAGAGUUUAGAGGUUUUGUCAAACCCUGUUUCUAUUUUAGAGCCUAGGAUUAUAAAUUUGUUGCAGUUCUUUUAGACAAUCCCAUAACCUAUUUAACAAUUUUAUACAAAGUUGCAUUAGUAAUAGAAAGUGUUUUAUUUCUACUUAAACCUGAUUGAACUGCAUUGAUGGCUACAUCAUAUCUGAAGAACGGGUUAAAUCUCAAUCUGGGAACCUCUGUGUCUGCUGUCCCUCCCCUGCCCAGUACUCAUAACAACCUAAUGGUUGCAAAGUGUUUGUGAAGGGUUUUUAGUUAGUCCCAGGUGCUUUUGCCAAUCAAUUCAAGGUAUCCACCUCCUUCCAUUAUGGUGAACCUACAUAGAAGGGUGGUUUUUCUGUCCCCCAGUCGGGAAAUAAAUCAUAAUUGUGAAGAAGAGUUCAUCCCAAUAACCAGUGCACUGAUGGCAACGGAUUUACUAUUUUUUUCCCGGCCACAUAGAUUAAACCAUCCACAACAACAAAAACAUAGUGAACAAGCACAAAAAGGCGUGGGAUUAAAACCAACAAGAACCAGCAUCUUAUAUGUUGGGCCAGGCACAACCAAUCCCACACACAGUACAUUGGCUCCACAGCCUAUCUCUACAACAUGUUAAUGAAACCCAGCCUCACUAGCAAAGCUGACGUAACACACAAGAGCUUGUCGCAACUUUGGGGUUUAAAUAAACCUUCACAGGCUUCUCCUCUCCUUCUGAAACACAAUUGGUCUUACAAAAAUGUUUUCAUUAAAAAUAAAUGUUUAUAAUUUUGCAUUAGAAUUGAAAGUAUUAAUAAUUAUUUUUAUUAAUACUAAAAUAUUUUUUUAGGAAUAUAGGGAAAAAAUUGAGAAUAAACUAAUAUGCAAAGUUUUCUGGUUUUAAAAUACUUGACAUUUAAUGAAAGCAAUAUUUUUGCUCACCGUAGGCUGUAGCAUUUAUUAUCAACCUUUUGACUCUUUGCAUACUAAACUAGAAACAUUCCUGGUGUAACAGUGCGUUGUCCUUGACUUUUUUUUUGUUUUUCUAAAUAUUUCUAGGUUAUCACAAUCACUAAAGCAAAGAAUUUCCUAAGUUUGUUUUAAAGUGCACAUACAGUGUAUGAAACAUACGCAAAAAUGUUAUUGCAAGCGAGUUGCAUACACUUUCUAUAUUGAAUCUCUGGUUUACUGUAGGAUAGCUGUCAACAUUCAACAAUGUUUAUUAUUUUUCGUCUCGUCAGAUUUUCCGAUUUUUAUAUGAAAUAUUUUAGCUAUUCUGGUCUUUUUUUGUGACUUUGUGUGGUUUUAUAGAUUUAAUAUUUUCACAGCUCCCAGUGUCACACAUUUGGUAAAUGUAUCCUAACAUCACAUACUGUAGGUCAACACUAUGAAGAUCAUAUGAUUAAACUGAGAAAAUACGUAGCUAAAUUGAACUCUGCCCUCCAGUAUCAUUGUGGGUCCAGCUGAAGACCACUCUUUUGUUCAAUUAUAAUAAUUAGAAUUAAACUUUUAUUACAUAGUUUUAAAUAAUAUACAGUGAUAUUACAUCAUGCAACACAUAAAAAUUACAACAUUCUCCUUGUGUUGGUCUGAGGCAAAUUCCCCAAAAGAAACAAAAACAUGUAUAGUACAGAAUGCAGAGGUAUGUAUCCUCCAUAAUCACAAGAAGUCUCAAUCGCAUACAUAUCAGGGUAUCCACUUGACAUAGGUAGAUACUGUAUAUGUGUGUUUUCCACAAUUUGUAGUCUCUAAUGGCUAUCCAUAUUUGGAACAAAAAGAGAAAUCUAAAUAUAUGCACCUGUGCUAUUAAAUACCUGGAGAUAUGCAAUGCAGGGAAUCAUAUUACUAAAUAUAAGUAGUCGCCUCCUUCAGAGGUAUAUAAACCAGACUUGCAGCUGAAUUGUAGGAUGCACCAACAAUCAUGAGCAGUAGGUGUGUGUGUGUGUGUGUGUGUGUGUGUGUGUGUGUGUGUGUGUGUGUGUGUGUGUAUGUAUGUGUAUAAAUAUAUAUAUAUAU